CAUGCCCGGGUAGUACCUCCAACACUUCAGAAGUGAGCAGCCAUCUUCUUGUUAUUAUAGUUCUUCCCCACCUGCUGUAUUUUUCUGCUUUGAAUCUGUCUGCAAUUUCGGUCAAUGACAGCCUAAUUUGACAGCUAUUUGAGCAGCUAUUUUUUCUGCAGGUUUCUUUCUUUCUGUCUCAAAGUCUAUGCGAAAAGCAGAAGAUGAUAUGCUGCUCAGUACAUUCACGCUUGGAAAAGUAAUACAGAAUGGAGGCAAAGCUGAAAAGGCACGCCCCGCAUCUUCUCUUGAGCAUUAUAAAAUGGAGGACAACAGUUUUCUGGAUGAAGAGGAAGAUGGAGUCCCCAAGUUCUCUAAUAUAAAUCCUAAACACCAUGCCAUAAGUCAUGGCCAACUCAUGAACCUGGAUAUUAAGCAACUUCCUUAUUUUGCACUGGAGGGACCUAUGACUUUUCCAUCUGAUGAUGAAGUUCAAAAUAUUCAAUCUGUACAACAAAGGAGAGAGACUGAAGAUGAUGAGAACUCAGCUAAAUUACCUAUUGGAAGAAGAGAUUUUGACAUGCUCAGGUGCAUGCUGGGAAGAGUCUACCGACCUUGUUGGCAAGUCUAACAACUGCUGAAGUACGUUAUUUGGAAGAGACAAAACCAUAUUC